AGGGUUGACUAUGUGCUUUCUGCUCCUGUAUCCAGUCAGCAGGUCGGUUGAUUGGGCAGACACCGUGUUGGUGUUGUUGUUUAUUCAUGUAGGCUCUUGUAAACGUCACUGUGAGAAUGUGAGAAACAACAAUUGAACGUACAUGUAUAUUAGGCCUACAUCAGGUCUGCACAGCAGCUAUAUCAAAAUCCCAGAUUUCAGCACCAUGGAGAGUCAACCUGCUCUCACACUGAAAAAGAAAAAGACUGAUUCGUGCACAAAGCCCUUCUUGUGUCUGUGUGUGCAGAACAUAUGACAAGUAUUCCACAAUUUAAAAUGUGGUUUGAUGUUGAACAACAAAUGCAUGAAUAAUACACCAAGCGUAUGUCACGCACGUCCAGCCAUGUCGUGCUCUGUGUUGCAGUCUUGUCAUGUUCUACACGAUGGAGGGUUUGAGGGUCUGUGGUUAAGUAAUGCCUCGCGCGUUAUGUAACCCACUCGGGAUGGUCGUCAUUUUUGCGCGUGCACGCGCUUCUUGUUGAGCCGUGUGUGUCCUCAGCUUCCCUCCGGCAAUAACAGAGCAGAUAGCGGAGGCUGGCACAGGCGGCGCAGCAGCAGCAGCGGGAGCUCAGCAAGAGCAGCAGCAUCAUCAUCAUCAACAGCCGAGCAACCUUUUGUGCUUCACCCGUAAACACCCUUCAUCCAUCUGAGAGGAAGCACCAUCACACAUCCAGGGGGAAAACACUACAUGAAGCACAAUGGGACCAUUCCAAGAGUAUGAGGAAAAGAAGUCACAAGAGAAGGGAGGCCCCCGUAGUCGCAUCCCACGCUUGGUCCUCCAUCCCUUCCGACCAAAGGACAAAGGAUCGCCUCAGUCUGACUCACCAUUUUCAGAGGAGGAGGGCAAAGAGUGUGACAUGAGCUCAGACUCCAAGAGAACCAUCAGCACCAACAGCUUCUGCUCUGAUGACACUGGCUGCCCCACUAGUCAGUCUGUGUCCCCCUCCAAAACCCCACCAGACUCUGAGAAGAGUGCCCACGGGUCGCCACCUCUCCCCGAGCGCAAGACCAAAGUGAAGCGAGUCAGGGUGAUGGCAGAGUGGAGCGGGGAGCCACGGAGCACGGCCAGGCACAAGAGGGGGCUAAGGUCGGCCAUGAAAGCUACAGGUAGUGAAGCAGACUUCAGCUCCUCCAGCAGCACAGGCAGCCUAAAGACCAGGCAGAGCCUCCCUUCUAAUUCAGCUGGAAAGAAGGCUCCUUCAAGAAGUCGUGGGCCCCACAUCAGAGCGCUCCCCGUGUUCAAGCCAGCCGGGAUUUCAACAGCCAACCGCGAUUCGGAGCUUUACGCUCCCUUCAGGACUCCUCCCAGAGCUGCCUCCUCAACCAACAGCAGCAGCUGCACCUCCAGCCCCACCUCCAGAAGAGCCAACCUGAGCAGCUACCAUUCCUGUGGAGACAACCAUGGCAUCAAACCCCCAAACCCCGAGCAGUACCUUACGCCCCUGCAACAGAAGGAAGUGGCCAUCAGACACCUGAAGAUCAAACUUUUGGAGUCUGACAACAGAGUCCAUGACAGAGAGACAGAGAUUGGGGAUCUCAAGGCCCAGCUCGGCAGAAUGAGGGAAGACUGGAUUGAAGAGGAGUGUCAUCGGGUGGAGGCUCAGCUGUCCCUCAAAGAGGCUCGCAAGGAGAUCAAACAGCUACGUCAGGUGGUGGAGACCAUGAAGAGCAGCCUGAUGGAAAAGGACAAGGGUAUACAGAAGUACUUCAUUGAUAUCAAUAUUCAAAACAGGAAGUUGGAGUCCCUGCUGCAUAGCAUGGAGCUUGCUCAGAAUGGUACCAACCUACAAGAAGAAAACACCUUGGACUUCAUCUGUGACAGUCCUGAAGGUGGCGGGAAGAGGAUGAGAGGGGGGGAGGAGGGGGGGCUGGAGCUGGGAGACCAUGGCGCAGAGGCGUUGGCGGACAGUGGGCUACUGGUAAACGAUGAGAUGGCCAACAGAGCGGACAUUUUGGAGCAGGUCUUCAUGUCCACGGCAGUGGAUUUCAGUCAGGACUCUAUUGAGAAGAUGAGAGCUGAUGCAGAGUCUGGACCUGGGGUGUCUGCGCUGUUGGAAGAUGAUCAGUUGAUUAACAAACCCACACCAGAUCUACCAAAUACAGUUUCCACCACUGUGACCAUUUCUUCAGACACACCCUCUCAGCAGAGCACAGAAGACCAAGGAAUCCAGACAGACGCAGUGCCCAUGUCUACAGAUCUGCAGACUCUGCUUUUCCAGCUGCUGACAUUUCACGGGGCUGUAGAUGUAGGUCCAUCAGCCUCCAACAGUCUUCUGAGCCUCUCCAGCCUGCCCACCUCCAUCCAUCCUGAGCUCCCUGACUCUGCACUACACCCACCCAGCAUACCCAGCCCUGUUAACCCAGAGAACCCCUGCACCACUGAUUCUAGCAUGUGCUGCUCGGAGCUUGCGCAGAACCCACGGUUUAUGGAGGAGUUGGACUUUAGUGUCGACGAUGUGGAACGAUGCCCGUCACCGGGACUGCAAGUGGUCGGCAAGCAGUACUGGAGCAACAGUUUCCUGGUCGAUCUGGUGGCAGUAGCAGCCCCCGUGCUGCCCACAGUGGCAUGGCUCUACUCGAGGCAUGGUGUGGAUGGAAGCUCUCCAGUGUACAACAUUGCUGCCCUUAUCAGGGGCUGCUGCGUCAUGGGAUUGCACUCUCUUCGCCAUGUCAUUCACAGGCCAGAUGUGUAAUGGCCUCACACCCGCAUGCACCUGCCUAAUGUUGAAGUAAAAGCACUUAAGCAUCUUUUGUGUUAGUGAGUUUGUUUUUUGACACCUUAUGAUAUCAAUGCAGUAUAUUUUUUUUUUUGACACUGUUUGCACUGUAGUUACCGUUUGAAGCAAAAUGGUGACAUGAAAGGGAUUAUUUAUAAAAGGGUUAUAUAUAUAUAUUUAUUUAUUUAUCAUACGUGUGUAAGCUGAUCAUCUGGGUAGAUGGUUCUGUGUCGUCGUCCUGUGGUGUCCCUAAAUUUCCUUGUGUUUAAAAAAAAAAUUAAUUUUUUGGGAAAGUGAGAUUUUUGAAAGAUGUUCGUUUGUUUGAUGGGAUCUAAAAUUUCAGCAGUCCUGAGUCGUUCAAAAAGGAACCUUAAACCUUCAGCCAAAGCUUUAAUGUGAGUUCACUGUCAUUGUUAAGUGGAGAAAUAUGUUAAUGCAUUACUUUUUGCUCCGCGGGAAUAGAGCUUUAUAUGUAGAACCUGUGUAUUGUUCACAGAAGAAAGUUGACGCUUCAAGCAACUGACACUUGUUUUGUGCCUGAGCUAUGUGCAAUACCGGUCGCUUACAUCAAAUGUCCUUGUAUCUUUGUUAUUAAAGCAUGUUGACUCUAGCCACA